AUGUAUUCGACACAUUCAGCCAUAAAAAGCCCAGUAUCCGGCCACAAAUCGCCCAGUAUCCGCAAAUCUCGGAGCGGAAGGCCGGAGGGUGGUCGCUUUACCUCCGACGCCGAGACGGAGCGGCUCCUCUUCGGUCUUUGCAAUGUCCGCAAAGGGCCGGAGAACAAGCGGGAGGCGAGCACAGAGGCUACAACACUCCACGUCGUCCUCGUCACAGCCGCGGGUUUCCUAGUCGAGGAUGACGCGGUUCUUACACGUCAGCAGCAAGAUACCGAGUUGACCAUUCGAUGGACUUUGCGCACAGGUUGUGGAAACAAACCGAGCGCGAGGUGCUAA